AUGAAUCCUGUCCCGAGUACCUUGUUGUUUUCAGUGCUUCUACUUCUGACCCACAGAAUUCGGGAGCUGGUGGAGGCGUGCAGCUGUGCCCCCGCUCAUCCGCAGCAGCUCAUCUGCGACUCGGCUUUAGUGAUUCGAGCAAAAAUAUCCAGCGAAAAGGUGGUUCCUGCCAGUGAUGAUCCUCUUGAUACCCACAAAAUGAUCCGGUAUGAAAUCAAACAAAUAAAGAUGUUUAAAGGAUUUGAAAAGCUCAAGGAUGUCCAGUACGUCUACACCCCUUUUGAUUCAUCACUCUGUGGAGUGAAACUCGAAGCUAACAAUAAAAAACAGUAUCUUUUGACAGGCCAAAUUUUAAGUGAUGGUAAAGUCCUCAUCCAUUUAUGCAACUACAUUGAACCAUGGGAUGAUUUAUCCUUGUCUCAAAAGAAGAGUCUUAAUCAGAGAUAUCAAAUGGGCUGUGGCUGCAAAAUUACUACCUGCUACAUGGUGCCCUGUUCAAUCACUACACCAAAUGAGUGCCUCUGGACAGACUGGCUGAUAGAAAGAAAGCUAUACGGGCACCAAGCCAAGCAUUAUGCCUGUAUCAAGAGAAGUGAUGGCACUUGCAGCUGGUACCGAGGUGGUCCUCCCCCAGAGAAGGAGUUUAUUGAUAUCAGCGAACCUUAA